AUGCGAAACAUACCAUCAGGAGAUUUCCGCUUUACAAAAGUAGAGACCAUUGCCAAGCAAGAGUUUUUUUUUCUUACAUUGUCUCCGUUCCUAGACGAGGACGGGAUCCUUCGUGUCGGAGGAAGACUUAAGGCUUCUGCAUUAUCCAUGAGCGAGAAGCAUCCCAUUUUGUCACCUGGUAAACAUCAUGUUGCAUCGAUUCUUGUUAAACAUUUUCAUGAACGAGUCCAACACCAGGGUAGACAUUUCACUGAAGGAGCAGUCAGGAAGGUCGGGUUCUGGAUCACAGGAGGUAAGCGUCUAAUAUCCUCCCUGAUAUUCCACUGUGUGACUUGCAGGCGUCUUAGAGCAAAGUUUUCUGAACAGAAAAUGGCUUAUCUCCCUUGUGACCGCCUUUCUCCCUCACCACCGUUUACCUAUGUGGGAGUGGAUGUGUUCGGUCCUUGGAAUGUCAUCACACGACGUACCAGAGGAGGGAGCGCGAACUCAAAACGCUGGGCCGUGCUUGUCACCUGCAUGUAUUGCCGGGCUGUUCAUAUUGAUCUGAUCGAAGAAAUGAGUACCUCUUCAUUUAUAAACUCCUUGAGAAGAUUCUACACAAUCCGUGGUGAAGUUAAAGAGUUUAGGUCCGAUCGUGGAACAAACUUUGUAGGAUCGACAGAUGCUUUACAGAUCAGUGUUAUAAACGUAGAGGAUAACCAUAUGAAGAACUUCUCGAGGACAAACGAACAAUAG